AUGGCAGUCAUCAGUGACACCAACGCGGUCAAAGACAGAUUCCUCCUGCCCGGCGACAUCAUUUCGCUACUCACGUCGCUGAUAUCUCUUCCCAUCAUCGCGGUCUUCUUCUACCAGCGACUGCAGAAUGCGUGCCAUAGGAACAUUACGAUGGCGUCUGUCACGCUCCUCAUGAGCUAUAUGUCGACUUUCCUCUUCAUAUUCGUCUUGACGACCAUUCUGCACAUUAGGGUUGACUGGGACGAAAGCUUGCAAGCGCUGUGUGAUUCUACGCUUAUGAUAUGCCUCACGCUCUACUGCCUUACGAAAGCAACUGGCUUCUUGUUCCUCAUCGAGCGGGCGUACAUCAUCUCGUGGCCGGUCAACCCUCGACACAAGACCCUCGAAUACGUCUUGAGCUGCUUCAUCAUCUUUGUGCCUUACGCGGUGGUCACUGGACUGUGCAUCAAAUACCGGAUUGCGAUCAACAACGGAAACCAUGUCUGCGUUAUCGGCAUGCAGAUGUUUGUGCUUGUACCUCUCCUUCUGGUAGAGGUAUUUGCUUAUCUCUACCUGACACUGCGAUUCCUCAUACCUCUCAUCAUGUUCCACCGUGGAGGUACCGGCUUGCUCGCCCCUUUACGAAGAGUCAUGCUUCGAACCUGCAUUGGUACAGCCAUCACGAUGUGUUCCACGCUGGCAGUGAAAGUGUCCCUGACGCUCUUCAACGGCGAGCCUGCAUGGCUAUGCUGCAUGACGUGCAAGAUUGAUGCACUCAUUGCCGCCACUGUCAUGCACUGGAUCACCAUACCAGAUCCUACGAAUCACGGCUACGAGGAUGACACGCCACAGGCAUUGGGUGUUGGUUUCGAGAAGUCCACUGUCCACACUUCGGUAUCCACCAGAACUCUCGUGCCGGAGUCGCCAGGAGAGAUGGAUCCGAAACAAAUCUUCUGA